AUGCCUAAUCAUAAUAUAACUAAGAAAAGCAAUCCAAGUAGCGUUAUAUAGCUUGCUUGCACUCAAUUUGUGCCACCUUUGCUCCCCCUUUCCUUUCCCAAGAGCCAUCCAUUGUGUACGACGAGCUUGCUUGCACGCAUACCGUUUGCUGUGAAUAAAAGCACAAAACGAGACAGCAAGACAACAUGUAGUUAUAUUAUUACAGAGCAACGUAUAAUAGUAUAA